AUGACUAAGAGAGUUCUAUUGUUAGGUUCUGGUUUUGUUGCCCAACCUGUCAUUGACACCCUAUCUGCCACCGAAGGUAUUGAAGUUACCGUUGCUUGUAGAACUCAAGCUAAUGCUGAAAAAUUAGCUAAACCAUCUGGUUCUGCUGCUAUUUCCUUAGACGUUACCAAAGAUGAUGAAUUAGAUGCUGCUUUAACUAAUCAUGAUUUAGUUAUCUCUUUAAUUCCUUACAUCUACCAUCCAAAUGUUGUUAGAAGUGCUAUUAGAUUAAAGAAAGAUGUUGUUACAUCUUCUUAUAUUUCCCCGGCUCUAAGAGAAUUGGAACCAGAAAUUACUAAGGCUGGUAUUACAGUUAUGAAUGAAAUUGGUCUAGACCCAGGUAUCGACCAUUUAUACGCAGUUAAGAUGAUUGACGAAGUUCACAAAGCUGGUGGUAAGAUUAAAUCAUUCUUAUCUUACUGUGGUGGUCUACCAGCUCCAGAAGAUUCUGACAAUCCAUUAGGUUACAAAUUCUCUUGGUCUUCAAGAGGUGUUCUAUUAGCUUUGAGAAAUUCUGCCAAAUACUGGAAGGAUGGUAAGAUCGUUAACAUUGCCUCUGAAGAUCUAAUGGCCUCCGCUAAACCAUACUUUAUUUACCCAGGUUUUGCGUUUGUUUGUUAUCCAAAUAGAGAUUCCACUCUAUUCAAAGAACUAUAUCACAUUCCAGAAGCUGAUACUGUUAUUAGAGGUACCUUAAGAUACCAAGGUUUCCCAGAAUUCGUGAAGAGUUUGGUUGAUAUUGGUUUCUUAAAGGAUGACGCUAAUGACAUCUUCAGUAAACCAAUUGCAUGGAAGGAUGCUUUACAACAAUACUUAGGUGCUUCUUCUUCUUCGAAGACUGACCUAAUUGCAAAGAUUGAUUCCAUGACUAAGUGGAAGGAUGCUGAUGACAGAGAAAGAAUCUUGGGAGGUUACCAAUGGUUAGGUUUCUUCUCCGACGAAAACAUUACUCCAAGAGGUAACCCUCUAGAUACCCUAUGUGCUCGUCUAGAAGAAUUAAUGCAAUACGAAGACAACGAACGUGAUUUGGUUGUUCUACAACACAAAUUCGGCAUUGAAAAUGCUGAUGGUACUACUGAAACCAGAACAUCUACUUUGGUUGAUUUCGGUAAGGUUGGCGGUUACAGCUCUAUGGCUGCUACUGUCGGUUACCCAGUCUCUGUUGCUACUAGACUAGUUCUAAACGGCACCAUCAAAGGUCCAGGUUUAGUUGCUCCAUACUCUCCAGAGAUUAAUGAUCCAAUCAUGAAGGAAUUGAAGGAUAAAUACGGUAUUUACUUGGUCGAAAAGACCGUAGGUUAA